AUGUUUAGCAUGCUGCCUCCUUCAUCAGGACAUCAUUUCUCACAGACACACUCCUACCAAUUCUCUCCAGUGGUUCCUUCCCCACUGUCUUCCUCGCCAUUAAGAAGCUCACCAACUCCAACUCCAUUAAGUCCCCGCGAUGCGAAUUCUUCACCAACUAGGCAAUACCAUUCUGAAGACAACUUCAUGUCUUCACCUACGCCUCCAGCGAAAUCUGAUACGAUAAGGCGGCAUAAUAUUUCCCACAUCUCGUUGCCUUCGCCACCACCCAGUAAGCGGAAAGAAAGUUCUUUUGCGAACAGAGCGACAAAGGCAAAUCCACUCCUCAAAAAAGAUACAGAUGCGCGAGAGACACGACGAAAAUUGUUCCUCAAGAAUAUGAGAGAGUCCCGGGAAGACAAGAAAUGGCAGGACAGGAAAGGUGGAGAAGAAAUGAUGCGCGUCUUGUGGAUCGGUGAAGAACGGGAACGCACCAGAAGGCUAGAGGGUGGUAUGAACAGCGUCGAGGUUCCGAUCGAGGAUGAAAUGGAUUCCAUCAUGGAACCUGCUCUGGUCACGGAUGCGGAGCAAUUGAUGGCCGAUGAAGUUGCCAUCAAUGAAGCGGCGGAGUUGGAGGCUCGCCUUGCAGAAAUACUGCCCGAACAACAUGGGCUCAAUCAAUGGGGAGAAUAUGAUUUUAAUCCCGAACAGACAAGCACCUUAGAUGCACAAACCUCGUACGGGAGCGAUGAUGAGUACGACGACAUAUUCAUGGACGUUGCGAAGGAGGAGAUUCGGACAUCAAGUCAACCAUGUCACGGCCAGCAACAAGAGCCUCUGGGAUAUCUCCAAAAUCAAGACCAGGAGAUGAUGGAUCUGAGCUAG